UAUUCUAUUCAUAGAGAAAUGUCAGUGUCACUUCUUGAAUUCCACAUUCCUGUUCCUGGAGGUUGUCCCCCUGGAAGUUAGGGCUGGAGAUCAGGUUUGGCUCUCACAGCAACGUGGGAGGAGAGCUGUGUUAGUCAACAGUAGCCAGAAUUCAGAAAGAGUCCAGUAGCCCCUUUUCUGGCUCAUCAGUUUUAUUAAAAGGCGUAAGAUUUUGCGAGCUUCAGCUCCCUUCCUCAGAUGCAUAGAGAGGCUGGACUGGUGCACAGAUCUCUCAGUCAGGCCCCAGAUGUCUUCUUAUAGCGAGUGUCCCCAGAUGUCACCUUCUGCUUUUGCCUCUCCACCCAAAGAAUGAAUGGCAAGGGUUAUCAGGUUGGGUGGGGCCAGAGAAAAGGAGCAUCUGUUCUUACCUGUCCCCCCUUCUACAGAUUUGGGCUUGAAGACCAAGAUUCUUGGGUCAAAGGCUUCCACCAAGCAUCUGGCAAGAGGGCAUGAAUGAUUGUUUACAACAGAAAGAAAGAGAAGGCUCCUAGGCCGCUCUGAGACCAACGAUGGGGGAACAAAGAUAGAGAAUGAGGUAAUGGCAGGACCAUCUGAGAAGCAUCUUUUGUCUGAGCGUGAAAUGGCGACUCCGUAGCCCAAGAUGAAUUGGUUGUGAGGGGCGUCUUUGUACAGCACGGCUGGAGGAGGCAUUUCUCUCUGGAGGACCCUCUGAAGAGAAAAUGGGUCUCCCUUUCCUCUUGCCAGUCUCCACCAAGAUGACCUCAUUCCUUUGGAGGACAAUGGAAGGUCUGGGCCUUUAAGUUCGUAGCCGUUACCUCAUCUUCUUCGUGGGGGCUGCAGAUUGAAAAGCAAACUGUAGCUCAAGUUCAGCGUCUGUCGUUGUCAUGGCUGAUGAAAUGAAUGGUGCUCAGCUCGUGACCGGGGAGAGGCUGGUGGCUUGGCUGGAAAGCGGCAUGGAAAAGUUGCUCCUGAUUGACAGCCGUCCCUUUGUGGAAUACAACAUGUCCCAUAUCUUGGAGGCCAUCAACAUCAACUGCUCCAAACUCAUGAAGCGCAGGUUGCAACAGGAUAAGGUGCUGAUCACCGAACUUAUUCAGCAUUCGGCCAAACAGAAGGUUGAAAUCGACGGCAAACAGGAAGUCGUGGUGUAUGAUCAAAACUCAGCCGAUCUGGUUUCUGUCCCUCCCGAUUCUUUUCUGAGUCUCCUGCUGAGAAAACUGGAGAAGAACUUCCGCUGCGUUCACUUGCUUGCAGGUGGAUUUGCUGAAUUUUCCAACGGUUUCCCUGGCCUUUGUGAAGGAAAAUCUAUCCUGGUGCCUUCCUGCAUUUCCCAGCCUUGCUUACCAGUCUCCAACACGGGCCCCACCCGGAUUCUUCCCCAUCUGUAUCUGGGGUGCCAAAGAGACGUCCUCAACAAGGAGCUGAUGCAGCAGAACGAGAUUGGCUACGUGUUAAAUGCCAGUAAUACGUGUCCCAAGCCAGACUUUAUCCCAGAAUCCCACUUCUUAAGGGUGCCAGUGAACGACAGCUUCUGUGAAAAAAUCUUUCCUUGGCUGGACAAGUCUGUGGACUUCAUAGAAAAAGCAAAAGCCUCGAACGGCUGCGUCCUAGUGCACUGUUUGGCUGGAAUAUCCCGUUCGGCCACAAUCGCCAUUGCGUACAUAAUGAAAAGAAUGGACAUGUCCUUAGAUGAGGCCUACAGAUUUGUGAAAGAGAAGAGGCCAACCAUUUCUCCUAACUUCAACUUUCUUGGUCAACUUCUGGACUUUGAAAAGAAAAUAAAGAACCAGGGUGGCCCAAGUGGACUUGUUAGCAAACUCAAGCUUUUGCAUUUGGAAAACGGCAGCAACCACGGAGCAGGCAGUGGGCCCACCACCAUCCUGCGGGCCUCUUCUCAGCUCUGUGCUUCCUCUACCUCAGAGACUGUGGAGCAGAAACCCCUGGAGCCAGGAAGCCCGCCAGCUCCCGUUCUGCCAUCUGUAGAGGGCAGCUCCUUGGCACAAGGCAGAACUGGAUUAAACGUCUCCUCUGAUAAAGUUGAAGACAGCAACCGGUUGAAGCGAUCGUUUUCCUUGGAUAUCAAAUCGGUCUCCUGUGCCACAAGCAGCACUUGCAUCACUGCUUCAGGACAGGGUUAUCCCUCCUUGGAAGACACGUUAGAGUACUACAAGCAUUCGGGCACCUUGGAGGGGGGCAGCAAGUUAUGCCAGUUCUCUCCUGUCCAGGAGGUUUCGGAACAGACGCCCGAGGGCAGUCCAGAUAAGGAACACACCAAGCUCCCAGAGAAGUCCCACAAGGGCUGGCAGCUGGACAACCAGAGCAAGCGGCAGCAUUUGGGGAGGACCACAGGUCCCACUCAGAGGUCGCCCUUGUACCCCCUGCAUCGAAGCGGCAGCAUGGAAGACAAUUACAGAACCAACUUCCUCUUUGGCCUUUCCAGCAGUCAGCAGCAUCUGGCCAAGUCUGCGGCUGGGCUGGGUCUCAAAGGCUGGCAUUCGGACAUCUUAGCUCCUCAAACGUCUGCAGCAGCUUCCCUGACCGGCAGCUGGUAUUUCACGGCAGAUACCUCUCAUUUUUAUUCCGCUUCAGCCCUGUACGGGAGGAGCACCACUUACUCGGCCUUCAGCUGCAGUCAGCUACCCACAGGAUGUGAGCAAACGUACGGUGUGCGCAGGAGAGAAAAACACGGGGAGCGGGGUGACUCGCGGCGGAGUUGGCACGAGGAGAGCUCUUUCGAGAAGCAGUUCAAGCGAAGGAGCUGCCAGAUGGAAUUUGGGGAAGGUAUCAUGUCAGAGAACAGGUCCCGAGAGGAGCUGGGGAAGAUGGGCAGCCAGUCGAGCUUUUCAGGCAGCAUGGAGAUCAUUGAAGUAUCCUGACUCUCUCCCCCAUGAUUUUACAUUCCCUCCUUCCCAAUUUUCUGUAAAAUAAUUCCCUGUAAAUCUGAAAUUUCAGAAGA